AUGGAGAAACAAUUUCCCAAGUUGUUUGUGUUAACCAAUGUACUUCUUCUCAGUGCCUUUCUUGUCUCCACAGCUCAAUCUCAGAGCAAUGUCUCAGCUGUAGGAGACCCAGGAAUGCAAAGAGAUGGCCUAAGGGUAGCCUUUGAAGCUUGGAACUUUUGCAAUGAAGUUGGUCAAGAAGCUCCUCACAUGGGUAGCCCAAGAGCUGCACAAUGUUUUGAUCUGUCGCAAGGUUCUCUUAUUGAUAAGGUGACAGAAAAAGAUAACAAACUUGGUGUGGGGGAUCCAUUACCUGGUGUUAGACCAGAAGACAUAAACAACAUAGACCUCUAUGCUGUUCAGAAGGAAAUUUAUUUAGGUUCUUUAUGUGAAGUUCAAGACACACCAAGACCAUGGCAAUUUUGGAUGAUAAUGUUGAAAAAUGGAAAUUAUGACAGUAGGUCUGGUUUAUGUCCUAAAGAUGGUAAAAGGGUACCACCUUUUAGUCCAGGAAGGUUUCCUUGUUUUGGAACAGGAUGCAUGAACCAACCCAUCUUGUGUCAUCAAUGGACACAGCUGAUAGAUGGUUUAAUGAGAGGAGGAUUUAAUGGUACUUAUGAUUUGGAUUCUAGUUGUGGAAAUAGUGGACUUGGUAAUAGUAAUAAUAAUCUCUCUUAUUAUGAGGUAGUUUGGGAGAAGAAAGUUAAUGUUGGUAGUUGGUUGUUUAAACAUAAGCUAAAGACUUCAAAGAAAUACCCUUGGUUGAUGCUUUACCUAAGAGCUGAUGCAACUAAAGGAUUCUCUGGAGGUUACCAUUAUGACACAAGGGGAAUGAUUAAAACUCUUCUAGAGUCACCAAACUUCAAGGUGAAAUUAACCUUAGAUAUCAAGACGGGAGGAGGAUCCAAGAGUCAAUUCUACCUUCUAGACAUGGGAAGUUGUUGGAAGAACAAUGGUGCUCCAUGUGAUGGAGAUGUACUAACUGAUGUCACUAGAUACAGUGAAAUGAUCAUCAAUCCAGAAACUCCAGCUUGGUGCAGCCCUUCAGGUUUAGGAAAUUGUCCACCAUUUCACAUCACACCAGAUAACAGAAAGAUAUUCAGAAAUGACACUGCCAAUUUCCCUUAUUCAGCUUAUCAUUAUUACUGUGCUCCAGGCAAUGCUCAACAUUUGGAGCAACCUGUAAGUACUUGUGAUCCUUAUAGUAAUCCUCAGGCACAAGAGAUUGUUCAGUUGUUGCCUCAUCCUAUUUGGGGUGAGUAUGGUUAUCCCAUUAAGAAAGGUGAUGGUUGGGUUGGGGAUGCAAGGACUUGGGAACUUGAUGUUGGUGGCCUAUCAAGUAGACUUUACUUCUAUCAGGAUCCGGGCAGUUCUCCUGCGAAAAGAAUAUGGACAUCUAUUGAUACUGGGACAGAGAUAUUUGUGAGUGACAAAGAUGAAGUGGCAGAGUGGAGUAUAAGUGACUUUGAUGUUAUUGUAACACAACCAAGAGAAAGUUUGGUGACUCAUGUUUGUUAA